CCGCCGUGCACUGUUCUCCCGCCGCCACCGUCCGUUAGGGCGAGCGCCCCGCCUGCGGAGUCGGCGCUGGCGCCAGGCUCCCGCCGCCGGUGACAUGCUGCAGAAACCGAGGAGCCGGGGCCGCCCCAGCGCCCAGGCCGAGAGGGUGAGGGACGGGGGCCGCGGCGGAGACGGCCGGGCCCCGAGAGGCGGCGUCGCCGAGGAGGCCCCGAGCACCUCCCGCGGGGCGGGCGGCUCGCAGGAAGUCCGCAGCACCUCGUCGCAGGGCGCCCGCGGGGCCGAGGCCUCCCCCGCGGUGGGGCCCCGCUCGCAGAAGCAGCUGGAGCUGAAGGUGGCCGAGCUGGUGCAGUUCCUGCUGAUUAAGGACCAGAAGAAGAUCCCGAUCAAGCGGACGGACAUCCUGAAGCACGUCGUCGGGGACUACAAGGACAUCUUCGCGGACCUCCUGAAACUGGCCGCGCAGCGCCUCGAGUACGUCUUCGGGUACAAGCUGGUGGAGCUGGAACCCAAGAGCAACUCCUACAUCCUCAUCAACACGCUGGAACCCGUGGAGGAGGAUGCCGAGGUGAGAGGCGACCAGGGCACGCCCACCACCGGCCUGCUGAUGAUUGUGCUGGGGCUCAUCUUCAUGAAGGGCAACACCAUCAAGGAGACCGAGGUCUGGGACUUCCUGCGUCGUCUAGGGGUGUACCCCACAAAGAAGCAUUUGAUUUUUGGGGACCCAAAGAAACUCAUUACUGAAGACUUUGUGCGGCAGCGUUACCUGGAGUACCGGCGGAUACCCCACACUGAUCCUGUGGACUAUGAAUUCCAGUGGGGCCCGCGAACCAACCUGGAGACCAGCAAGAUGAAAGUUCUUAAGUUUGUGGCCAAAGUCCAUAAUCAAGACCCCAGGGACUGGCCAGCGCAGUACUGUGAGGCUCUGGCAGAUGAGGAGGCCAGGGCCAGGCCUGGGACCGGUGGCCCAGCCCCCUCCUCUUGAAAUCUGAAAUAGAUUCACGGGGACUCCUGGGGGAAGGGUCAGAGGCACAGUGCGGAGGCCUGAGAGUUGGGGAGGGGGAGCAUAUUUCUCUAACGCUUAAAUGUGUGUAGCUUUACGAUGUGUUUGCAAACUUUUGUUCAUAUUGUAAAUUAUUUGGUUCCAAAUUUUCACUUAUAAAAAUAUUAGGGGAGGAUUCAUUUUGUUUUGAUUUGUUUGACUGACUGUAUUUUUUGGUAUAAAAAUUUUGCUAGCUUUAUAAAAUUAAUUGGGAAACUUUGUACCAUGAUCUGGAACAGAUAUUUAAGAAAGAACACAUCAGUAAAUUGCUUUGGUGUCUAGAAAAUAAAAGCGAAGUGGCUAUUAUCUGGCCUCUUAACUACCAACUACCCCAGUUUGUAAAGAAAAAUAAAAAUCUUUAUAAAUUAAAAAUAAAGAUGUAAUUGCCUAUAUUCUUUUUUAUCUUAGCAUAGCUAUUUUAUAUUUAUGUACUUUAUACGUAUAUAUAAGCAUUAUGCCUUGUUCUAAGCAAUGUAUGGCAUUUUCUCUGAAUAACAAUUUUUUUACAUUCAUAAUUACUACUCAGCUCUGUGGCUGACUGUUUAUUUCCAUUUAGGUUUUUUUCUACUAUAGUUACAGUAAAUACUAUAUCUUUGAGGUAGUUAAGCAUUCUGCAUCUUUUAAAUUGUGAGUCAUGAGAAAUUAGUUUCAGGAUUCAAAACCAGCGUCUUGAAAAAAAUGAUUUUUGCCAUGUAUUAUUAAGCUAAAUAGUGUUUUAUAGAAGUUACCUUACUUUUAUAUGUGUGUGUGCAUAUUGGAUCAUGAUGUAAAAUAUAUUUCUUACUUUGGGUUAUAAAAAAGUUGAGAAAACUUUUAUUGAUUAAUCAUGCCUACUUGGAAAUGAGACCACCUGGGUUCAGACCCUGGCCCCACGUAACUAGCUAUAUGAAUUUUGGCGCGUUACUUAACUUGCAUACAGACGUUUCCUCACCUGUAAAAUGGGCUGAUGAUGCCUGUAUUAUGUGUAGUACUGUGAUUAUUAGAUAUGGAAGUAUAUGUAAAGUUCUUGGCACAGUGCCUGCUGUGGAGGAUUUUAGGUGUUACUUUGUUCCUUAAAAUUUUUUUAAAUUUGUUUUUUAUUCUCCUUGAUCUGGAGUAGUUAAUUUUGUUAAAGGAUUUCUUUCAUUAUGUUGUUGUAAAUCAUUCCUACAAUUGGAAUUACUGGUUCAAAAAUUAUGACAAUAUUCUUCUAGUCUGCCUCUAUUGUAUGGGUUAAUGGGGAAACAUAACUCAUGAUACAUGGUGAGUAUAGCCCACAUAAAAUAGUAAGAGCAGGAAAGUUAGAGGACGAUCUCCCCUGGGCUUUGAGAGGUCCUUGUAGUACAGUGAAUAGGAUACGGUUUUUGGGGUUGUCUGACAAACUGAAUUAUGGCUCAGAAAUAUGGCUAUGUCAGCAUGGUGAUUUGGGGUAGGUUUUAAGCUCUCUGAAUCUCAAUUUCUUUAUCUGUAAAAUGGGAAAAAUAAUAACUAUAUGAUAGUUUGUUAUAUGGAUUAAAUGAGCCCAAAGAAAAGAGCUUAUUGUCUUCUCUCGUAUUCUUCCACAGCCUCUGGCAAAAUGCUGUUUAUAUACAGAGUUUCAACAAAUAAUUAUUCAGUGGGUGAGUAAGUAUAAUUGUUUGGGGGGCAGGUACUGCAAAUUAACCAUGAAAUGAGGUAAAUACUUUAGCUCAAAAAAGAAGUGUGGACUUGGUCAACACUGGACUAGAUGUCAUCUAGAAGAGUCUAUGGUGGGUGUGUGGUCCAUGGAGGAAUGUGAUAGGUUACUGGGUUUUACGUCAUUCUGUUGAAUUGAAAUUUGCAUUUAUUUCAUCACUGGAGUAUAGUGUGUCCUUGAAUGUGUUUCUGGUUUGCUUUUUAUUUCCACAUAUAAAUUACCUUCUGGCUAAGCAUCCUGCUUACUGGUCCCCUUACCUCACUGACUGCUUUUCCCUCUGGUGUGUUCUAAUACUGGCCUUUUUUGCAUCUGUAUGGUGAAAGUUAUCGGUACCCCGCACCCAUUAUCAGUUACAUCUGAGGCACAUAUCUUCUGCCACACUUUUCUCAUAAAUAUGUUAACAAUUUACCAUCAAUGAAUUAUUACUUUGUUUUAGAUUUUAAAAUAUAAAACAUUACAGACCAGAUCUUGCCCUUAUCUUUUCUUCUCACCCUUACCAGAGAUGUCGAAAGUUUGUGAAUAUCGUGCUAUUGUAUGAUUUAAUAACUUUUACUGUGUACCUGAACAAUAUAGAGUAGUGGUUUCUGAGCUUUUAUAACUUAUAUAAGUAGUAGUAUACCGUAUCCUUUUGCAACUUGCUGUUUUCACUCACCAUUGUUUUUGAGAUUCAGCUCCGUAGAUCUUAUGAAAAUUUGGCCUUUCCAGUCAUUCUCUGGGUAUGUAGUGAUAAUUUAUUGUAGUAUUAACUUGCACCUCUUGCUUACUAGAGACAUUAAGCAUCUUUUGCUUUUUUUUUUUUUGCCAUCAGUUUUUAUAUGUUAGACUUUUAGACUUUUUCUGUUUUUAUCGAUUUGUAAGAUUUCUUUAUAUGUUCUGCAUGGUAAUCAUUAUCUGCUAUAUCUAAUGCAAAUACCUUCUCACAUUUUCACUUUUUCUUUUUUGUCUUACAGAUUUGAUUUUAAUAUGUCAAAAUCAUCAGUGUUUUAAGGGCUAUGUUUUUUUGUGUAGUGCUUUAAAAAAUUCUCC